AUGCCUCCCCCAACACUAGCCACCCAGCCAGUCUUCCAACCAACAAUCUGGAAAAGCAGCACCCCACUCGGAGAAAUUGACUUCCUAGGUCACAAAUCGAAUGCUACGUAUUUAACAGACUUUGACUCGGCGCGUGUCUACCACUUAUCUUCUUUAUUCCGGGUGGGGUAUCAAAAACACAAGACUGAGAAGCGUGGAUUCUUCCCUAUUCUCCCUGUUCUUGCUGGUGUGGAAUGCUCAUUCAAGAGGUCGAUUCGGCCGGGCCAGCGGUAUGACAUCGUUACGAGGAUCAUUGGCUGGGACGCGAAGUGGUGUUUUGUCAUUUCGCAUUUUGUCAAGGAGGGGGCUUUUAGGCCGACGAUAUUUACGGAUUCAAAGACGAAGAAGAGCACGAGAGGGAAUAAGGAGGUGGUUGGUGGUGAAGGUAGGGAUCUAGAGAAGGGAGAUUGUGGUGAGAAAGAUGUUGUUUUCGCUGUUGUUAUGGGGAGGGUGGUUUUUAAGGAUGGGAGGAAGACCGUUUCGCCGAUGCAGUUCUUGAGUGAUUGUGAUCUUAUUCCUGCUAUUGGUGAUGGUGGUUGUCCGGGACCAUGCACUGUUGUUAAGUCUGUUGGCGAUUCUGGUGUUGGUGCGAGUACUGUUACUGCUGGUGGCAGUGGACCGGGAGUGGAUGCGAUUGAUCAGCAGAUGGUCAUUGCUAAGGCUAUUGAUGAGAAGCGAUUAAGAGGGCUGGAGAUCGCGCAGAGUAUCAAUUCCUUUAAUUAUGGGGUUCCUUUUGAUGUUAAUGAGGAUGUUGCCUUUUCGAUGUUUUAG